AUGAACAACAUUUUGAAAACUGGCUAUUUAAUAUUAAGUAUAUUAGGAGCAAUUUGGGUUCUUUAGAUACUAUUUUAGUUUUUUAGGAUAAUUUAUGUUCAUUUUAGAAACCUUUCAACAGUCCUUUAAAAAUAUAAGAAUGAUGAUACUGUAAAAGGAAACUAUGCUGUAAUCACAGGCAGCACUGAUGGUAUAGGAAAGGGAUAUGCUUAAGUUUUGGCAAAAGAAGGAUUUAACAUUUUAUAAAUAUCUAGAAAUCCCACUAAGCUAUAGAAUGUAGAGAGCGAGCUUACUAAAAUCAACCCAAACAUUAGAGUUAGAAAUAUUAUUAUGGAUUUCGAAAAACCUGACUACAAAAUGGUAGAACAAUAACUAAAACAAUACCAAAUAUCUUUAUUAAUAAACAAUGUUGGUACAGGUGAAGGAGGAAAUUUUGAAGAAAUGGCUGAUGAGUAUAAUGAGUCCUUGAUCAACUUGAAUAUUAGAUCAAUAAUCUACCUUACAUAGAUAGUUGUUAGAAAUUAUAAUAAAAAUACUUAAAAAAAUCGCUUAGGAAUAAUUAACUUAAGCUCUUUUUGUGGAACUCUUCCUUAGGGUUUUGGUUCAUUUUAUAGUGCAACUAAGGCAUUCGAUGAUUUCUUGAGUCGUUCAUUAAGUUAGGAAUACUCUAAAAAGCAAAUAGAUGUUCUUUCCUUAAGAAGUUUAGUUGUCGACACUCCUUUGAUUAACAAAGGAAGUAAACAAAAUAAUAAAUUAUCUAAAAUCGGAGCUAUCAAUCCUAUCUAAGCAGCAGAAGGGGCUUUAAAAUGGCUUGGAGUUGCUUCAUACUCAAACGGUCAUAUCUCUCAUUCCCUCUAAAGCUUUUUUGUAUAUAAUUUUAUACCUUAAAAGCUCUUCCUUCCAAUUUUUGCAGAAUAGUCAAGAGUAUUUUAUCAAAAUGUUAAUGAAGGACACAAAAAAAGCAUGUGA